CUCGUUGUCAAUGCAAUCAUGUCGUCGUCGUCGUCGGCGUCGUCGUCCUUGUCGUCAAAUACCAAUGUGACCCACCCAAAGAUCCAAACAGAGUCCAAACACGAUAUUCUCUACCUCCAAUCCAUCCUCACCUCCCACGCCCUCUCCUCACCCCUCCUCACUUCUCGCUCACAACAAGACCGUGACACCCUCACCGAGCGCAUCCAAUCCUGGAUAUCAUCCAUAUUCACUAUUGCAAAACCCAAUAUCCUCAUCAACGGGAUAGAGUAUGACGAGGCGUUCAAGGAAAUUGUCGAGUAUGAACCCACGUCUGAGGAAUUGGCUCAAAAGCUUGCAAAUAUCCAUGCGCAAGUGACGGGAUUGCAAGUUGCCAUGGCGCACAUGCGUACCAGUGUGCCCAUGGCCGUGCGCGACCUUGUUGAGCGCGAAUGCGCAUUAGCAACCGAGUGCUCGAAUGCCCAGAGUGUGAGCCUUGGGGAUGUGGAUAAGAGCAGUGUUGAGGAGACGAGUGGGAAUCUCGACUAUUCGCGACUAUCGGACGUGUAUAAAACGGUCGUGACGCGCCCAGCGGCAUUAAACGCGACUCUGCAAGGCACAUGUGAUAAAUUGACGAGAGCUCAAGAGAUUGUUGGGCAGAAGGGACAAGAGGUGCUGGAAGACAAGGAGAAUCUUGGAGGGGAGGAACUAUCAAGUGUGACUCCCAGACGGGCGAGAACGGGCCUAUUAACGUCCUUGGGUGUCCCUGUUUAAAAUAUACUUGUUUUUAUGCAUACCAUUGGGUCUUGA